AUGUCUGGAAACCGCCAUAUUCUCUCUGAGAUUACUGUGGGAGAGAAAAGAAUCAUUGCCAGCCUUGCUGGUAUGCAAGCUGACAUAAAAGCAGUAAAGUGUCAAUUGUCUGACAUGGGCAAAAACAUUGAUGCUAUUGCGGUAACCAGCUCUGAUAAUGCUGUACCAGCCAGCACGGUUGCCAACCCUAUUCCUGCUCCUAUUGUUGCCACCAUUCUUGCUCCUGCUAGGUACAUGUGGGAUCCCAACUUUUGGUCAGACAAGCCUGCCUUGAAGCAGGCAAACAAAAAUAGGCCCAGGUGGACCACUACAGUUUGCUUUUGCCUUUUGCCUAACCAAGAAUUGGCUAAGAAUGUUUUUGACUAUCUGGUGCCCAAGUUUGUUGGUGUUGGAAUGAGAGAGGCAGACCUGAACAAAUAUGUCUACAUGACUUACUGCUUGCGUAAGCGUGAGCAGAACAAGGAUAGAGAGGCCAAGAAGAAGUCAAAUACUGUUUCCAGAAGACAUGGGCAUGAGAAGGAGCGAAAAUUCUUAAUUGAUAUUUCUAUUAGCACUUCAGACAUCACAAGGCAGCAUACAAUAAGAACAAGAUUGCCAUUGACAAGAAAAUGGCGCAAGAUCGCUCUGCUCUGCUCAUCAGGGAAGCAAUGUCUGAAGAUGAAUCAGACAUACAAUUGUUUGAUUGAGCUCGUUGAUGAGGCUAUUAUAGCUGAUUUGGGCAGCAAUGCCCAUCAGUUACUGGAACGAAUUUGGUUAAGAACCACAGAUUUGGCAGUCUCAGACGCAAUUGUGUCACAGUUACCUCAGUGGGCUCUUAGAAAUGGGCCCUAA